GAGCGCGAGAACGCUGUGGUCGCGGUGAAGUGUCUCGGCCCUUGUAGUGCGCCGCGAGGAUGACGCGCGUCACAGUGUAAGACGUGUGCGGCCGCACUCACAGCAGCAGCAGCAACCGCCGGGCACACGGUAUGUGAAGUACGGAUACCCUCCCUCUCAUCCUCCUCCUCCUCUAAUCUGCAAAACUCUUCAACACCCGUAGAGGAAAGAGGUGCAAAAAUUGAGAUGAUGAUUCAACACCUCUGGUCUAAGAGAAAAGGAAAGUAUACUGGCAUCGAUGCAAGGUACUCCCCCUUGACAAUGACAACAAAGAAGAAGUAGAAAAGGAGGAAAACCCUGUUGUAAGAUUGCUUUCGCAGACGAAGAUAAAGAGAUGGCGUAUGCUUCAGUAAAGAUGGAUUUUGUCAGCUGUGCAGUCGUGUACCAGGUGGGGUAGCAGUUUCGGUUAGGUGUGUUUGUGUUUACACCUUUUACUCUCAAACGUAUGCACACUGUUCCUCCCCAUGUUUCGAGGAGUUUGGCGCUGUACAUGGUCUGUGUUGUGGUUUGUGAUAGUAUACAGAAGUAAGCCAAUGGUCGAGGACAAGGUGAACACACGAUGUAUGGAGGUCGUUUGACUUUGUAUUGAAGCGCAUGACGAUGACGUAAUGGCCUAAGAUAGCCUAGCAGGGAGGCUAGCCAGCUAUUGUGGGAUCUUUACAUGGAUCAGAAGAACAGCCUGGAACUGUGGGAUCUUUACUACGAUUCUGGGAUCUUUACAUGGAUGUGGAAGAGGCUGGCAGUUCAUUUCUCGUGUUGUCGGCGGCAGUAACUUCAAAUGUACAGGUGGACGGGACGCAUUUUCUGGAAGGGGUACCACCACACCCUCGAUGAAGCCGACGUGUACGAUGUUCUACCCCAGGACUCCACGGUUAAGCUCUCUAACAACCUUGGCAGGGAGUGGGAGAAAGAACUGUACUGUUGGAAAACGGGAGGCUAUCCUAGUCUGUUACGAGCUCUAUGGAGGUGUUAUCGCCCGCAAAUUCUUGCCUUCUCAGUCUUGGUGUUCCUGGAAGAGUGUCUCCGGGUGGUGCAGGCUGUCCUGGUGGGCUUCUUUAUUCGCCAGUUCGAGCGCUCUCCUCACGACUCUGACAUCGACAGCUCCCUGCAUCUGUCUGUACCCGAUGUUUAUGUCUACGGGGCGUUCAUCUCCAUCGUCUUCUUGAUUAGCAUCUUCCUUGAUCACAACUUCUUCCACCAUGGGUACAGGAUGCGGGUGGCAGCCACAUCUCUGAUAUACAGAAAGGUUAUGAAGCUGAGCACAGCCAGCUUGUCAGCGAAAGAAAUGGAAGAAAUAAUGAACCUUGUUACAAAAGAAAUGGAUAUUUUUCCAAUGGUUGUGCUUCCGGCAACGUAUAUUGUAAUUGGUCCGCUGCAGCUUAUUGUGGUUUCUUAUCUGCUUUGGGACUGGCUGCAUCUUGGUCCCGUUGCCAUGGCUGGCGUGGCUGUAUUGCUCCUUCUCUUUCCAGUACAAGUGUUCAUGGGAAAACUUUCUCAUGUUCUCAGGUACAAGACGGAGUUUGUAGCCGGCCAGAAAGUGCGGCGAUUACAACUUCUGUUCAGUGGCAUCGAGGAGAUCAAGAUGAUGUGCUGGGAACCCAUCUGCGAAAAAAUUAUCAAAUCUGUACGAGAGCUGGAGCUGAACCAGCUGCACCGUCUCACAAGCCUUCAGAGCUUCAACAGCGCUUUGACUCUCACGGCAGGCAAGGUUGUGGUCUUUGUCACCUUCAUGCUCGCAUUGGCUUCCGGUCACGUGAUCACAGCUCAGCACGUGUUCACCGCCAUGAUGCUCUUCGAGACUCUUCGUGUUAGCUUGUCCAUCCUUCUGCCCUCAGGGUUGUUAUACGCAAAGGACAUGUUUGGCACAAUACGCCGUGUGCAGAGAAUUUUAUUGCUGGACGAGAAGAGCGCCCUCACGUGUCGCCUGGGUUACCAGCAGCUGCAGGAAAACAUCGCCGUGCGUUUCGCCAGCUACUAUGCCAGCAGGGACAAGGGACCAGAAGCUCCAAUGGUUCUAGUCAACAUUGAUUUGGAUAUCGAAAAGAACAAACUUUACGCCAUAGUGGGUCCACCAAGGAGCGGGAAGAGUUGCCUGCUGAUGGCAGUCAUCGGCGAGUUAGAACGACAGAAGGGCCAUCUUUUUCAUCAUGGCCGCCUUGGCUUCGUACCUUCCACGCCCUGGAUGUGCCCAGGGUCCAUCAGGGAUAACAUUAUCUUUGGUGCUGAGUUCUCCAAGAACCGCUACAACCAGGUGUUGUACGCCUGCAGUCUGACCCAGGUGGUGGACGCAUAUCCACAAGGAGAUUUAACAGUCGUCGGGGAAAGAGGGUUAACUCUAGACUCCAGUAUACAAGCAAAAAUUACCCUAGCAAGAGCCGUGUAUCAAAACUUUGAUAUCUACCUCAUUGACGAUAUCUUCAGUGGAAUGGACGCAAAGUCAGCCAUGCAUAUAUUUAAAAGAUGCAUCACGGGAUUACUGAGAUCCAAGACCCGUCUGGUGGUCACGGACAACGCGCACCAUGCCCGCCUGGCUUACGGGGUCGUCCUCAUGUCCCAGUGCCGGGUUCAUCUGUGUGGAACGUACCGAGAGCUGCAGGAGAAUGGACUGGAUGUAACCUCCUUCCUCAACAGCCGGACCUACAAGAACGUUGACAUCAGCCGCUUGCUGGACCUGACGUCCCCCCUUAUCCAGGAUCUGGUAGGAGGAAGCGUUAUGAUGACGGGAACCCCUCCCGCCUCUCCUCUAGGAAUGAAGGACAGUCCCUCCGGCUCCUACGACAUGUUCCACCACGAGGUCAAGGACCCAGCUGAUCGUCUGAUCAGCACCGACAGCGACACCAGCUUCAACAGCACCACCUCCUCGGGCUCCAGUUUCUACGGAACAUACUUCAUCCUGGGCGGUGGAAUCAUUGGCCUCUUCGUUUUCACCUUUCUUUCCAUCCUGCAGCAGGGAGGAUUUGUUCUGUGCGAGUGGUGGCUGGCUCACUGGUCUGAAAAUUAUCAAAACAAGAACCAGUCCACAUUUGUGAACGAUACGAUAUUUGGGUUAGCACGCAUGCGCCUGGAUGAGAGGGUGUACAUAUACCUCGCUCUCGUUGUUGUUGCUGUCCUGCUGGGUUUUCUCCAAGCUGCUUCUUCUUCUACAUCGCGAACCGCGCCAGCGCCAUCCUGCACAACAUCGCCCUCCACGCGCUUCUGAAGACACCGUUGUCGUUCUUUCGCAUCAACAGCCCAGGCGCUGUUCUGAGUCGCUUCGUGCGGGACAUUGGGAUAGUAGAUACACUGCCUCCCAUCUUUCUCGACUGUUUGCAGUCAUUCAGUCUGCUUCUGGCCACGGUCAUCAUCAUCGGGGCUGUCAACUACUGGCUAUUUAUCGUUAUUGUUCCUCUCACCAUCGCUUUUGUCGUCGCUAGGCGUCGGUUCCACGAGUCGACGCAAGAUGUCGAACAUAUUGAAUUGUCGUCGAAGAGCGCGGUGGGCGCUCACGUCCUCAGCAGCCUGGAGGGCGCCACCUCGCUGCGGGCGUUCGGCGUAGAACAAAGGUUCCUGCACGCUUUUGAUGUGCACCAGGACCGCAGCACUGCAGCCUGCUACCUCCACCUGGCGGCCGACCGAUGGUUCGGGAUGCGCGUUGACCUCAUCGGCUUCGUCCUCGUCUUGGCCACGACACUCGGCUCGGCACUUCAUGGUGCACUAUCAGGAUGUGUCGUUACCUGCCAGUGUAGUCGGCCUGUCUCUUUACUACGCCGUCAACCUUUUGAAUAUUCAACAGCCGGCCCUCCGUAAGUCGGCGACAGUUCACUUUAAGAUGAGCUCCGUGGACCACUUGCUUCAGUGCUAUCA